AUGAAACACCACCACCACCACCACCACCAGCAGGUAUCGUCAUCUUACGGUGAUGCUGCUGUCCCAUCAUCAUCGUCAUCAUCAUCUUCUAACUGUGAACAAUCCUCACAAUCCCUGAUAGGUUCAGGUUCAGUUUCAUCGGCCCAUUCAUUGCCUUCUGCAUCGUCGUCGUCGUCGCCGGCGGCGGUCACUGCGACGCAAUCCACGGUUUAUGAAAGCAACAAUAACAACAAGCCGUCCACCAUGAUGGCGGCGGAGGAUCCUGCGACCUCCUCCUUCUCCAGGGACGCCACCUCUUCGACGGCGGCGGAGACGGUGGUGGUAGAACGGCGAGGGGAGUACGCGGCGGUGUGCAAAUGGGCCAUCGCCAGUUUCCCCAAAGUGAAAGCCCGGGCUCUGUGGAGCAAGUACUUCGAGGUGGGCGGCUACGAUUGCCGGUUACUGAUUUACCCUAAGGGUGAUUCUCAAGCGCUGCCCGGUUAUGUGAGCAUCUAUUUGCAAAUCAUGGACCCCCGGAAUACCACCUCUUCCAAAUGGGAUUGUUUCGCCAGCUACCGGUUAUCCAUCCAGCACCCCACCGACCCCUCCAAGUCCAUCCACCGUGACAGCUGGCACCGCUUCUCCUCCAAGAAGAAAUCCCACGGCUGGUGUGAUUUCACUCCCUCUAACUCCAUCUUAGAACCUAAGCUAGGGUUUUUGUUCUUCAAUACUACUAAUCAUUCUAAUCAUACUAGGGAUACUGAUACGUGCUUUUUAUUAGUUACUGCGGAUAUUAUGAUUUUAAAUGAGUCCGUAUCUUUUUCGAGGGAAUUAAACGGGAAUACUUAUUAUAAUAGUAAUGAGUUGGGGUCCACGAGUUCCCCCGCCGGUGGUGGAGGGGGCAAUUCCGCAAAUGUGGCUGGGGAUGCGUCUUUGACUGGGAAGUUUACUUGGAAAGUCCAUAACUUUAGCUUGUUUAAGGAAAUGAUCAAGACACAGAAGAUAAUGAGCCCGGUUUUUCCAGCCGGCGAGUGUAAUUUGAGGAUUAGUGUGUACCAGAGCUCCGUGAACGGGAACGAUUAUUUGUCAAUGUGUUUGGAGAGUAAGGAUACUGAGAAGACUUUACCGGGGGUUUCAGAUAGGAGUUGUUGGUGCUUGUUUAGGAUGUCGGUUCUGAAUCAGAAGCCAGGCGGGCUUAAUCACGUGCAUAGGGACUCAUACGGGAGGUUUGCAGGCGAUAAUAAGAGUGGGGAUAAUACGAGUUUGGGGUGGAAUGACUAUAUGAAGAUGGCGGACUUUGUGGGGUCAGAUUCUGGGUAUCUAGUGGAUGAUGUGGCGGUGUUUAGUACGUCCUUUCAUGUGAUAAGGGAACAGAAUAUUGUUCUCCCUCCUAAGCAGAAUGCUGCGUUUGGGAAGAACAGUGGGAAUCUCGUUAGUAAGAAAUUUGAUGGUCAUUUUGGGAGGUUUAGCUGGAAGAUUGAGAAUUUCACAAGGUUGAAGGAUCUUCUUAAGAAGAGGAAGAUUACAGGGCUUUGUAUCAAGAGCAGGAGGUUUCAGAUUGGUAACCGGGAUUGUCGCCUUAUUGUUUAUCCUAGAGGGCAGUCUCAGCCGCCUUGCCACCUUUCAGUGUUUCUAGAAGUUACUGAUUCACGCAACACUCACAACGACUGGAGUUGCUUUGUGAGCCAUCGGUUAUCUGUCAUAAACCAAAAGGAGGAAAAAUCUGUUACAAAGGAAUCUCAGAAUCGGUACUCCAAAGCUGCAAAGGACUGGGGUUGGCGGGAAUUUGUAACGCUCACAAGCCUCUUUGAUCAGGAUUCUGGGUUUCUUGACAAGGAUGUUGUUCAUUUCUAUGCUGAAGUCCUUAUCUUAAAAGAAACAUCAAUAUAUCAGGAUUGUACUGAUGAGGAAUACGAGCCAAAUGCGCUUCUCUCAUCUGAAAGACUUGGGAAGAAAAGUUCGUUUACGUGGAAGGUUGAAAAUUUUAUGUCUUUUAAAGAAAUAAUGGAAACCCGAAAAAUCUUUAGCAAAUUUUUUCAAGCUGGUGGAUGCGAACUUCGGAUUGGAGUGUACGAGUCCUUUGACACUAUUUGUAUCUACUUAGAGAGUGAUCAGUCUGCUGGGAGUGAUCCUGAUAAAAAUUUCUGGGUCAGAUACAGAAUGGCGAUUGUGAAUCAAAAGAACCCUUCUAAGACAGUUUGGAAGGAGUCUUCGAUCUGUACUAAAACAUGGAAUAAUUCCGUUCUUCAAUUCAUGAAAGUGUCGGACAUGGUGGAACCAGAUGCGGGAUUCCUUUUGCGGGAUACUGUUGUAUUUGUCUGUGAGAUCUUGGAUUGCUGCCCCUGGUUUGAGUUUUCAGACCUUGAGGUUUUGGCUUCCGAGGAUGAUCAGGAUGCUCUGACAACUGAUCCUGAUGAACUGAUUGACUCCGAGGAUAGUGAAGGGAUAAGUGGAGAUGAGGAAGACAUCUUUCGGAAUCUUCUUUCCCGGGCAGGAUUUCACCUCACAUAUGGCGACAACCCUUCCCAACCGCAGGUCACUUUGAGAGAAAAACUUCUUAUGGAUGCAGGAGCUAUUGCCGGAUUUUUGACUGGGCUUCGUGUGUAUCUUGAUGAUCCCGCUAAAGUAAAGCGCUUGCUUCUGCCUACAAAGAUAUCUGGUUGUCGUGACGGAAAGAAGUCGAAUAAGAACGACGAGUCGUCUUCGCCUAGUCUGAUGAACAUGUUGAUGGGAGUUAAAGUUUUGCAACAGGCAAUCAUUGAUCUACUUCUAGAUAUAAUGGUAGAGUGUUGCCAACCUUCCGAAGGAAGUACUGGUGAUGAUUCAUCAGAAAUAAGCUCAAAACCUUCGCUUGAUGAUAGUGGGUCGACCACUCUGUUGGAAUCAGAUAGAGGUAUUGGAGUUGAAGAGUCAGCACAAUUACCUUUACAUGAGAGAUUGGACUUAGGAAUUGGUGAGUCCACCACUGCCUCUGCGGUGCAGAGCUCUGAUGUAGAGGGAAAUGCUACAGCUGAGUUGCCAGUUGCCGAACAGCCUAUAUGCCCACCAGAAACUUCUGCUCUUGGUUUCUCGGAUAAUCCUCCCAUCCGCAGUAAGACAAAAUGGCCUGAGCAGUCUGAAGAACUUCUUGGAUUGAUUGUGAACUCACUGAGAGCACUUGAUGGAGCCGUUCCUCAAGGUUGUCCUGAACCACGAAGAAGGCCGCAAUCUGCUCAGAAGAUUGCUCUUGUAUUGGAUAAAGCUCCUAAGCAUCUGCAGCCAGAUCUUGUUUCGUUGGUGCCAAAAUUGGUUGAACAUUCAGAACAUCCACUUGUUGCUUGUGCCCUUUUAGAUCGUCUUCAAAAACCAGAUGCUGAACCCAGUCUUCGUUUGCCUGUUUUUGGUGCACUUAGUCAGUUGGAAUGUAAUAGCGAAGUUUGGGAACGUGUACUUUUCCAGUCAUUUGCGCUUUUGGCUGAUUCGAACGAUGAACCUCUUGAAGCUACCAUAGACUUCAUAUUGAAAGCUGCAAUACACUGCCAGCAUCUUCCCCAGGCAGUUAGAGCAGUCCGUUCGAGGCUGAAAGUUUUGGGGAUUGAAGUUUCCCCCUGCGUCCUUGAUUAUUUAUGCCUAACUGUAAAUAGUUGUGCAGACAUUGCUGAAGCUUUUAUGAGAGAUAUUGAUAGUAAUGAUUUAGGGGACCAUAGCUCGGCCGUUCCCUGUGGGACAUUAUUACUUGGUGAGAGUGGGAACACUGAAAGAAUGCAUGCAGUAAAUCAACAAAAUGCUCGUGCCAAUCAUUAUUUUUCGGACAUUUAUAUUCUUAUUGAGAUGUUAUCAAUACCUUGCCUUGCUGUUGAAGCAGCUCAAAUUUUUGAGAGAGGUGUUGCUCGGGGAGUGGUUGUAGCUCAGUCUAUGGCCAUGGUCUUGGAAAGGCGCCUUUCUAGACCAUUAAAUUCGGCCUCUCAGUAUGUUACGGAAAAUUUUCAUCAAACUGAUGUGACCGUAGAAGGAGAUAGGAUUGAGCACCUGAGAGCUCACCAGCAAGAUGAUUUCUCUACAGUGAUCAGCCUUGCGGAAACAAUGGCACUUUCAAAAGAUCCCUGCGUAAGAGGGUUUGUGAAGAUGAUUUAUACGAUAAUGUUUAAAUGGUAUGCUGAUGAGCCUCAUAGGUUGAGGAUGCUGAAGAGACUCGUUGAUCGUGCCACCAGUACAACAGAAAGUAAUCGGGAAAUAGAUUUAGAUUUGGAGAUUUUGGUAAUCUUGGCAUGUGAGGAGCAGGAAAUUGUCAGACCAGUUCUGAGCAUGAUGAGGGAGGUUGCCGAACUUGCAAACGUUGAUAGGGCUGCCCUUUGGCAUCAGCUUUGUGCUAUCGAAGAUGAAAUUCUUCGCCUUCGUGAAGAGAGCAAAUCAGAGCUUGGUAUCAUGGCCAAGGAAAAAGCUUUAUUGUCUCAGAAGCUGAGCGAAACUGAGGCAGCCAAUAGUCGGCUAAAGUCUGAAAUGAAGAAUGAAGCUGAUCGUUUUGCUCGUGAACGAAAAGAGCUGACAGAGCAAAUUCAAGAAGUUGAGAGUCAACUUGAAUGGCUUCGUUCAGAAAAGGAUGAUGAAAUAUCAAAGCUCAGUGGCGAGAAGAAGGUUUUACAGGAACGUUUGCAUGAUGCUGAGACACAACUUUCCCAAUUGAGAUCAAGGAAACGUGAUGAAUUGAAGAGAGUUGUGAAAGAGAAAAAUGCACUGGCUGAGAGGUUGAAGAAUGCAGAAGCUGCUCGUAAAAGAUAUGAUGAUGAGCUGAAAAGAUUUGCUUCUGAGAAUAUUACUCGUGAAGAAGUACGACAAUCACUUGAAGAAGAGGUCCGUCGGUUGACGCGAACAGUAGCGCAAACUGAAGGGGAGAAGCGUGAGAAGGAAGAGCAAGUUGCUAGAUUUGAAGCUUACAUUGAUGCCUCCGGAUCCAAAUUGCAGGCCUUUGAGCAAUGCAUUCAUAAUCUGAAGGCGUCGCUACAGGAAGAAAUGUCUCGCCAUGCCCCUUUAUAUGGUGUAGGUUUAGAAGCAUUGUCAAUGAAAGAGUUGGAAACAUUGUCACGGAUACAUGAAGAUGGACUGAGGCAGAUUCAUUUGAUCCAGCAGCGGAAGGGGAGCAGCCCUGCUGGGGGUAGCCCUCUAGUAAACCCUCACACCAUUGCACGCAAUCAUCAAGGAUUAUAUUCCCCCGGUGGUGCUGCUGUUGCUCCACCUCCUCCAAUGGCUGUUGGACUUGCGCCUUCUGUAAUACAACAGAAUGGUGUACACAGCAAUGGACAUAAGAUUCUGGUACUUUUCUAUGCUUGCUUAAUUAAGCUUGAGGAUAUCAAAGUAUUGGAAGAGAAGUUACAGAAUGCAUAUAAUGAGAAUUCAAAGCUAAAAGUAAAGCAUCAGGAAGAUGAGAAUCUUUGGAAAGGACUGGAAUCUAAGUUCUCUUCUACAAAGACUUUGUGCGAUCAACUCACUGAUACUUUACAACACUUAGCGAGUCUGGUUCAGGCUGCUGAGAAACACAAUUUAGCAUUUGAGGAGAGACUAUCUGCGUCGUCAGCUUCUAUUGAUGAUUUGCAUGAGCAGAUGAAUUCCGUUUCGUUAAGGUUGAAAGCUUCGGAUGAAACUGUUAAAACUCGGGAAAAGGAACUGAGGGAACUUCAAGCUGAAAAGUUGAACAUCGAGAAAUCCUUAGAUACUGAGCUGAAAGGAUCCCUUGCUCUCAUUGAGGAAAAAGCUUGUUCUCAGGGUUUUGCAUCCCAGAGGCUUGUUUUGAACCCUUUUAUCAGCCAAAGCACCUCUAAAGAUGCUGUGAUAAAAACCUUCGAAGCAACAGUUGCAUCUAAUGGAUUGGCCAUGGAGAGUUUGAAUUCAAAGUUGGAACGUUUGGAUAUAAACUUGAAACAAAAGGAAGAAGACAUAAAAAGUCUGAGGAGCUCCAAGGAAGGAUUAGAAAAAGAAAAGGAUUAUUUCUUGGGUGUCAACAAGGAGCUCUUUUUGAGGCUAGACACUGCUCUUCAACGGAUAAAGAACCUUGAAGAAUUUGUUGAUUUGCUUACUGCAAAGCUUGUUGAUCUGAAUUCACAGAGUUUGACAUUCUCAGAAAAGGUUUCCCAGAUGAUUUCAUUAUUUGAGUCUUGCUUUAAGCUGCUUGAUGAUGAAAAACGGAUUGCUUCCCUCCGUACUCAAAAGAAGUUUGAUAACCUCCAAGACCACUUAACACUUGUUGCCUCAGAAAAAGAUGGUUUGCAGAUGUUUAAUCAGGAAUUGAAAAACAAAGUCAUUGAACUUCAGAACGGGCAGGAAUUUACUACGGUACAGCAUGCAGAAAAAUGUCGUUUAGCAGAAGAGAAAAUUCGUAGAUUGGAAUAUGAAGUAGAGACUCUUCAAUCUCAGAAGAGUGAAAUGGAUGUGCUGAUUACCCAAUUACAAGAGAAUGUUCAGACUUUAACAGAAAACUUGAGCAUAUCUGAAAGCAAAAUGAAAGAUAUACAGUUGAAACUUUCUGAGCUUGAAAUUGAGACAAAAGAUAGCAUUGAGAGGCUGCAAGAAGUUGUAACUGAGAAAGAAGGUGGAAUUGACGCUCUGAAGAAGGAGAUUGAAAACCGAGAUGAGCAAAUAGAUUCACUCCAAAAGCAAGUUUGUCAGAUUAAUGUAACUCUGGAGGAGAAGGAUAGGCUUGUCGAGGAACUGAAGAUCAGGGAAAAGCAGCUGGAAGAUCACAAAACAAAGAUUGAGGUGUCACUAGGUGAAACAGAGACCAAAAUUUCUGAGGCAAAGAAGCAAUAUGAUCAGAUGUUAGAAAGAAGGUUGUUGCUGCUGCUUGGGGAACAAUGCCUAGCUGUUCAGGCCAAAUUUAGCGCCGCGGGCCUCCACAAGGAGGUAAUGAAGAGGUUUGACGAACUCCACAAUGCUAACGAGAAUGCAACUGAGGCCAUGGAAAAUAUGGCCUCAAAGAUGGCAGUCGUGAAGAAGCGACUCGAGGAGUCGCAGAACUCUGUUGCAGAGCUUCUGAAGUCGAAGAAGGAAUGA